UGAACAUCCAUCUUUAUUUUGUGUCCUUUCUGUUGCUGAGAUACAAGGGUACAGGAUGCGUUUGCAUUUUGAUGGCUAUUCUGAGUGCUAUGACUUCUGGGUUAAUGCCGAUUCUCCAGAUAUCCAUCCUGUGGGCUGGUGUGAAAAAACAGGCCACAAACUGCUUCCUCCUAAAGGUUACAAGGAAGGGGAAUUUAAUUGGGCUUCGUAUUUGAAGAAUAGCAAAGCCCAGGCUGCUCCCAAAACUCUUUUCAAGGCACUCAGCACACCAAUCACGCCUUCCGGUUUUCGAGUGGGAAUGAAGUUAGAAGCAGUAGACAAAAAGAAUCCUUCCUUAAUGUGCGUAGCAACCAUUACCGACAUGGUGGAUAAUCGGCUGCUAAUUCACUUUGACAACUGGGAUGAAGGCUACGAUUAUUGGUGUGAUGCUAGUAGCCCAUAUAUCCGACCUGUUGGUUACUGCCAAGAAACUGGAACUCCAUUAACAACGCCAGCUGAAUACAAAGAUUUCAAAAGCUUCUCGUGGGAGAAAUAUUUGGAAGAAACUGGUUCACAGGCAGCCCCAGCAAGAGCAUUUAAACUGCGGCCAGCCCACGGUUUCCAGGCUAACAUGAAACUAGAGGUUGUAGACAAGAGAAAUCCCAUGCUAAUCAGAGUGGCAACUAUAACCGAUAAAGAUGACUAUCGUCUGAAGAUACACUUUGAUGGCUGGGACCCUAUGUUUGAUUUCUGGAUUGAUGCUGACAGUCCAGACAUUCACCCCAUGGGCUGGUGUGCAAAAACAGGACACCCCUUGCAGCUCCCACUAGGGUCUGGAGAUCCAUCAGGGGCAGUGGGACAGGGAUGCCCUACUCCUGGCUGCCAGGGGAUGGGUCAUGUCAGGGGACCCAGAUACGGAACGCAUUACACGUUAGUUGGAUGCCCUUACUCAGAAAUCAAUCGGAACAGAGAGAAUUCCUUACAGGAUCGCCUAGGUGGGGAGAGACCUUUACCAAAUAUCAGUAUUCAGAAGCCCAAGAAGCUUGACCCUCCUGUGCCGCUUUCCGAUCUACAGGAGGAUUCUCCACAGUCCAGAAAGUCUUCCACACAAGAUGGGGAGAGAUCAGGGAGAAGCAGUGUCCACAGUCUAUCAGAACAGUCCGAGACCAGCCAAGAGAAGGAAUGGACAGAACCAGAAUCGUCUGCUAUCACCAAAAUCAAAUCCAAAAGGAUUGGCUGCUCACAUGGUUAUAUAAAGUUCCAACUAAUGAAACAAGAAACUGAUGGAAGAGACACAGCGUUUGCUCUGCAGCAGGCCCUCCACCAGUCUGUCUUCAUGCCGUCCCUUUCCACAAACCCGACCCACCGCCUCCAUCUCUGCUGGGAGCAACACUGCAAACUGCUGCCGGAGGUCUCAGGCCUUACUGCCAAGAACGUGGCCAAAUGGAGCGUGGAAGAGGUGGCCGGCUUUGUCCAGCGUUUGCCAGGUUGCAAGGACCAGGCUGCAUUGUUCCGACAAGAGCAAAUCGAUGGCGAAGCCUUCCUUCUCCUAAACCAAUCAGACAUUGUUAAGAUCCUGAGCAUCAAGCUGGGGCCCGCACUGAAAAUAUACAAUGCCAUCCUGAUGUUCAAGACAGCCGAAGAAGCGUGAGACAGAUCCCCCCUGACCCGGCUGGGGCACGAGGUCAGACGUUCGUGCAGGAGAAGAAAGAGAGCAUCCAUCCGCCCCCCCACAACCAAAUCUGAAUAGGCUGGGACCUUGGAAAGGCAGUGGGGCCUUAAUUGUAUUUCAGACUGACUUGGGUAGAAUCUGCUGAAAGGAUCCCGAAGAAGAAGAGGAAUCCCUUCUGCCACUUGGAAUGAAUGCAGUGGCUUCCCUUCUAGGAAGAGAUUAUUAAUUUUUUUUUCUAAUUGAAUUUUGGAUAUGGUUAUAUUGAUCUUUUGUGAAGAUCUUGAAGACACCUCCAGUUAUAAGAGGAAUCCCAGGUAUUGCUAUUGAUGGGGAGCCGAUCUCGAUCAAGCAAACUGACUUUCCUGUUGACAGUGCCUACAAAAAGAAAGUCCAAGCUGUCUCCAGAGUCCUUGAUGUCUUCUGUCCACACAGAGCCUUGAGAGGGGGGGGGGGGGGGGGGUU